GCGAAGAGCGGGUGGGCCUGGUCCUCGUUCCUCGUUCCGUUCUGGCCGGGAGCUGCCCGGCAUGAACAAGUCGGAGAUGGCGGACGAGGCGCUCUUCCUGCUGCUGCACAACGAGAUGGUGUCCGGGCUGUACCGCGCCGCCGAGCAGGGCGAUGGGGAAAAUGGACGCUGCAUCACGAAACUGGAAAACAUGGGUUUUCGAGUUGGACAGGGGUUAAUAGAAAGGUUUACAAAAGAUACUGCCAGAUUCAAAGAUGAACUGGAUAUAAUGAAGUUUAUCUGCAAAGAUUUUUGGACUACUGUAUUCAAAAAGCAAAUUGAUAACCUCAGGACCAACCAUCAGGGCAUCUAUGUACUACAGGACAACAAGUUCCGUCUCCUGACUCAGAUGUCUUCUGGAAAACAGUAUUUGGAGCACGCUCCUAAGUACUUGGCAUUUACUUGUGGAUUAAUUAGAGGCGCUUUAUCAAACUUGGGAAUAAAGAGCAUCGUGACAGCUGAGGUUUCAACAAUGCCUGCAUGCAAAUUUCAGGUGAUGAUACAGAAGAUAUAACACAUGUACAGAACCAGCUUCCUGCCUUGUAAAUGACAAAUAAAAUGUAUAUUUUAUUUAUAUCCGUAGCUUAUUGAAGCUGUCCUAUAUUGUGUAAAAUUCCAUAUAGUUUAAAACACAAAUUUUCAAGUAUGACCAAUAGCAAGUGUCUGCUGUAUAUCUUGCUUUAUUUUUUUGUAGUCGCUAAGUUACUGUGUGUUUCAAGGAAGAUGAAGCUUGCAAGUUUGUAAAGAUGGAAUGGAAACCUUGAUUAAAUUUCAAGCUCUAAU